GCCGCUUUAACAACUAUGCCAUGGCGACAAACUCUGAAACCGCUGACAGCUGGAGUCAAACAAUAACCCUGACGCUCAUAUCGACAUCGCAAGUCACUUACGAUGAUCUGGAGCUCGACAUGUCGUGCACGGUCCAGAUGCCUUGCGCAAUAGCCUCAGUAGACGACGAUGUGUCGCCGAUUCAUAGUUCAUACGAGAUAGAUCUAGUACUUUCAUUGGCACCGAGUACGCCGAUCAAGCUCUAUCGUGUAACCCUUCGCGCUCUACAGGAAGAAGUGCCAACUGAGGGUCCAGAUCCUUGGGCGGGCGCGAUCAUCGAUAGAGGGAGCGGUAGAGGCUCCAGUCCAAUGAGCGAGGGCGAAGAUUUGAUUGACAGCGUUACAAGUUCUUUUACGAUAUGGUCUGGGUCGGUAUCGUGUGCCUCUGGCCGAACAACUCUAUCGAACAGUUCCUGGUCACAGGCCCAGGCGACGAUACAUGGCAACGCAACCUCAGUGACUUCGGGCGCUAACGUCAAGGUCUCUUGUUUCGGUGCUAUUAAGGGUAGAGAUAACAGCUACAUGCUCCCUCACACCCAAGCCCUCAAUAUGUCGCCUAUCAAGAUCGAAAACCGAAGCAACGGCGAAAUCCUCGAUGUUCGUUUUGAGAUCGAAAAUACCGAGGAUGAAACAGAGGCUUUCGAUCCGCGCAUUACGGCCGUACUACAGACUGACAACGAUACCAGCGACCCGAUACCCGCUCGUCAAUUCAACUUCGAAUUAGUUAUAUGGACAAUGCCAGAAAGAUUCAUCUCACUAGACGGUACCGAGCCCGUUAAGAUAGUAAGAACGUUCAAAGUCUUACGUCCUCCUCAGGCCGGUACUCCAUUGUGAGAACUGCCACAACACGGAGCCGUUGCCAACGGGAACCACAUCUCAUCAUUCUUUACCAUUCACUGGUCACAUCAUCGGGUUUCUUAUACUCUGUAACUACAGUCUUCAUUCUUGGGUCUCAAAAAUACCUAAUAUGCGCCCUACAUGCCCCGUUCUCAAUCGCAUUGCUC